GCUGGCAGCGCAGAACUCCCGUAUUUGGGCUGAAAAGUGACACAUUCCCGACGCAAAACACCGGGAUAAUCGAUGAUCGGCGCUCGCCUGCGGGGGAAAGAGUCGCCGAACAGCCGCGAAGCGCGAGCAGCGACCCGGUCCGCGCGGGUGUGCUUGUAUUACCGAUCAGAACCGCGCCGAUAUCGGUCCAGUUAACGGGAGGAGGCAGUGUGUGUAAGUGUGUGCGUGCGUGAGUUGAUGCACUGUUGACACACACACACACACGCGCGAGCGCGCCGCCGCUGGUUGUUGUUGUUGUAGCGUUAUCGGUUCGGUCCAUCCGGGCCUCUGCAGAAACAGCGCGCGCCCGUGUGGAGAUGUGACGCGGACUCGCGCGCACUGGGUCUCGCUCCGGGUCAGGAUGGAGAACCCGCAGAAACACAGUCCUCUGCUCAGAGAUCUGACCCGAGCCUUCAGCCACUACAACAAACACAACGUGCUCCUGAAGAAGAACCUGCACGAGACCCUCAGCUUCUUCAGAGAGAUCCGAGAGAACCACAGCAACACACCUGCAGCGCUGGACACAGGUCAGCUCAGCUGCAUCUCGCUCCCGCGUCACGAGGAGGAAUAUCUGCAGAAUGUGCUCGGUAGCGCCCCCUACAUCCUCAUCCUGGGCCAGGACUGCUCGGCUCGGUACCAGCUGCUCAACUGCCUGCUGGGAGAGAGGCUCCUCCCCCUGGGCCCGGAGGUGGGCGGAGCCUGUGGGCCGGAGGGCGGGGCCUGCAGGAGGAGGAAGCUGUGUUUCACACAUGGCCGUCAGACACGCUUGAGCCUGGCUCUACCGGGACACUACGAGCUGGUGCAUCAGUUGGCGGCUCACUGCGGACGCUGGGACACGGUUCCACUCGAGGACCUGGAGAUCCAGGAGUGUGAGGAUCCUGCGCAGCGAUUGGCCGAGCUGGAGGUCACGCUCCAUCAUGCCCUGCUGCAGGAGGUGAAGGUGAUGGUGUUCCCGUGUCGUGGUGUCCAGUCGGUGGAGGAGUCUCUGGAGGACUGCAAGCGCGGGAUCCUUCCCAUCAUCCUCUACUCCGUCAGUACAGACACACUGAGCUCUGAGCAGGUGAGGGACCUGAGGAAGGUGCGUGAGACUCUCCCAUCGUUCCCCGUCUGCUUCAUCAGGGUCUCCAGCGGCUCCUCGGACCCCGGGGCCCUGCACAGACAGCUGCUGUCUCUGGAUCUGAGCGAGGCUCCUGUGGUGGGAGAGAGUUUGCAGCGUGUGCUCGGGCCCUCCACUCGACAGCUGCUGCAGAACCAUCAGGUGGAGGCCGCCUCGCUGCUGAACACCGUCCACUGCCGCUGCCUCGACCUCUUCAUCAACCAGGCGUUCGACAUGCAGAGGGAUCUCCAGAUCACGCCGCGGCGGCUGGAGUACACGCGUGAGAAGGAGGGAGAACUCUACAGCUCUCUGAUGGCCAUCGCUAACCGCAAGCAGGAGGAGAUGAAGGACAUGAUCGUGGAGACGCUGAGCUGCAUGAAGGAGCAGCUGCUGGAGGACGCCGCUAACCUGCAGUUCACAGACAUCAUCAUGUCGUCUAACGGCGAGCCGGUGAGCUCCAAGGACAUCAAGAUGUGCAUCAGUCAGAUCCAGGACCUGAUCGUAGUGCGUCUCAAUCAGGCCGUGGCUAAUAAACUGACCAGCUCGGUGGACUACCUGAGAGAGAGCUUCGUGGGGACGCUGGAGAGAUGCCUGGGCAGCCUGGAGAAGAGCACACCGGAGUCCUGCAGCAACGUCACCUCCAACCACCUCAAACAGAUCCUGAACGCGGCGUAUAACGUGGAGGUGACCUUCCACUCGGGCUCCUCCGUCACCCGGCUCUUCUGGGAGCAGAUCAAACAGAUCAUCCACCGCAUCACGUGGGUCAAUCCUCCGUCCGUCACGGCCGAGUGGAAGCGCAAGGUCGCGCAGGACGCCAUCGAGAGCCUGAGCGCCCCCAAACUGGCCAAGAGCAUCUGCUCUCAGUUCAGGACCAGACUCAACAGCUCUCACGAGGCCUUCGCUGCCUCGCUCCGACAGCUGGAGGAGGGUCACACGGGGCGUCUGGAGCGAACUGAAGACCUGUGGUUGCGGGUCAGGAAGGACCACGCCCCUCGACUCGCCCGUCUGUCACUGGAGAGCCGAUCGCUGCGAGACGUCCUUCUGCACGGGAAGCCGAAGAUGGGCCGUGAGCUGGGCCGGGGUCAGUACGGUGUGGUGUAUCUGUGUGAUAACUGGGGUGGACGUCACCCGUGUGCCCUGAAGUCAGUCGUUCCUCCGGACGACAAACACUGGAACGACCUCGCGCUCGAGUUCCACUACACACGGUCUCUGCCUAAACACGAUCGUUUGGUGAAUCUCCACGGCUCAGUGAUCGAUCACUCGUACAGCGGCGGCUCCAGUGUCGCGGUUCUGCUGAUCAUGGAGCGGUUACACAGAGACCUCUACACCGGACUGAAGGCCGGUCUGUCUCUGAAGGAGCGUCUUCAGAUCGCUCUGGACGUGGUGGAGGGGAUUCGGUUCCUGCACGGUCAGGGUCUCUUACACCGCGACAUCAAGCUGAAGAACGUCCUGCUGGACAAGCAGAACCGGGCGAAGAUCACUGACCUGGGCUUCUGUAAACCCGAGGCCAUGAUGUCGGGCAGUAUUGUGGGGACACCCAUCCACAUGGCCCCGGAGCUCUUCACAGGUCGCCGACCGCUCAAUGAUCCUCUGAGGAGUGCUUUCAGUCUUGAGCGUUUUACACAUUACAGAAAGUACGAUAACUCGGUCGACGUGUACGCGUUUGGGAUCCUCUUCUGGUAUCUCUGCUCCGGCUCCGUCAAACUCCCAGAAGCCUUUGAGAAAUGCUCCAGUAAAGACCAGCUGUGGACCAACGUCAAGAAAGGCUCGCGUCCUGAGCGUCUGUCCACGUUUGACGAGGAGUGCUGGCAGCUGAUGGAGGCCUGCUGGAGCGCAGACCCUUCCCAGAGACCCCUGCUAGGAAUCGUCCAGCCCAGCCUGCAAAGCAUCAUGGGACGCCUGUGCGGCAACCUGGAGGACUCGAACUGACACUCAUGUCCCUGCAUGCUCCUCCUGAGACGCUAAAGGAAAGCAGCUCUUGUUUUGUGUGUGAAAGCAGACGAAGGUUGAUGUCUGCCUCUGAACAAACCUGAUCACGCGUGUCAUAUUCAGUGCUAAAACCCAGCGUUUUACUCGUAGUCGAGUUUGUGUUACAGAUAAACUGAACUGCUGAUUUUUAGAUGGUGUUUAAACUGGUUUACAUUAUCCUGACAUUUUUUUAUAAAAUCAUUUGGAUGAAUUCA